AUAGUGGGUAGUGUACCUUUGACAGCAAAAUGGCAUCAAGCAAGCCAGCAAGAAUGUUCCCUAUUAUUUUAGAUAUUAGCAAAUUAAAUGAGAUUGUACAGAUAUUGAAGCAAUACAGGUUUCCUGAGGCAAAAUGGUUUGAGUUUGGAGUGAAUCUUGGCCUCCUUUAUCCUGAACUGGAAGCUAUUGAUGUUAAUCAUAGAGGAAAUAUUUCACGUUGUCUCAUGGAGUGUUUAUCUAAGUGGCUGAGUAAAGCACAUCACCCUACUUGGCAGACAUUGGCUAGUGCUCUUAAAAAAAUAGAACUAAAAACAGUGGCUGAAAAGAUUGAAAAAACAAUGGUUGAUACUGCUAGCCAGUUACUACAGUAUUACAGUAGUAAAAUAUCUGGAGCAACACUCUCUGAAGAAUCAGUUGAUCUGUUACAUACAGAAGGACUGAUAUCUGAAGAGACAUUGAGGGAAGUGAAGAGUUGUGGAUACACACUAACAGAUGAUGCAAUGAGAGGAAUAUACACAGCAGUAGCUUAUGAUCAUAACAAAUUGAAAUCAUUUGCUAGCAUAUUAUUAAGAUCAACAGGCACUGCUAGUCCUAACCUAACCUCUGCUGCUUCAGUGAAAGAUGUCAUGAAAGUUGUUAAAACCAAAUGCAAUGUCAUCAAUAUUGCACCAGUAAAGGAAGUGGUCAGCUUUUAUAGCAUAACAGAAGCUAAUCCAUUGAUAUCUGAUUAUAGUACAACACUUGAUGAGCUUUGUCACAAACUUAAGCUUCAAUUCUUGCUCGAUAAAAAGCUUUCAAUGAGUGAUUUUCUCAUUUGUGAAACAAUUGAGUUUGUUCUAGACUGGGAUCCUGCUGAGCACUUAUUGAAUGAUAUUCGUCGUUUAAUGGAGAAAGUAUUCAAAGGAUUGAGCAGAAGGAUCAUAGUCAAAAGCAUGCAUAAAGGGAACUCCAUCAUUAUCAUUUGUGGUGCUCCUACUCAUCUAAUGAAUGCUUUGCAAUUGAGGGCUCGUGAUAAUCUUACUGUGCUGCAAGAAGAAUUUGCUUUGAUGCAAUUGAAAAUAGGACACUGCAAGGUAUAUGAUAGGACCAUCAGGAACAAAGAGCUAAAGAUUGUUGCAGAGGAAAUUGAAAUGCAUGAAGGAGAAUUAAUAAAGAUAAAUCCAUGCCUCAAUGACAAAGAAAGUCUCCUUGAUGAUCAAGUAGCACAACUUAUACCUUUAAAACAGAAACAAGGUAAGGACAUUACAUUACAUUAUAAUCAUUAG